AUAUAGCGGUUCUUUUUGUGCAUAAAGCAAAGUGAAAAGCUUUAUUAUUUCAGUUUUUAAAUUCUAGUUUUUAGGAAGGUAAUUUGACACAUUCUAAAACAUUUAAAGUGAUAGCAACAGUGCUGAUGUACAUUCAAUAAAAAUGCUCCUAAGAAAUUGUCAUGCAAAUGCAUUUGUUAAAAUUACAAGCUCGAACUAAUAGAUUUCUACAAUCUGUGACUAAGGAGUAAAGUAUACAUUGCAAGAAAACAGUUCUAGAAUGGAAAACUAUUAGAUGUAAAAAGACAUGGAACCUAUCAAUAAAAUGAUGCAAUUAGCUUCCAAACGUAGUUAUGGUGACACAGGAGUUGAUGUUACCACAGACGCCAGAGUAUUAUUUGACGCCGUGCGUCAUGGCAAGAACCACCUCGUGCGGUUCAUUCUGGAUGCUUCCUCGGUGGACAUUGUCAACUCACGUGAUCUGCAUGGAAAGACACCACUUAUGGCAUGCUGCUACACCAAGGAAGAAGGUGCGAGGGACAAUACUGUAAGAUUAUUAUUACGUCACGGUGCUGACGUCAACGCAACAGAUGACUGUGGAAGAACGGCACUCAGUUACGUCUGUGAGAGACGGUGCAAUGAUAUACUCCGAAUCCUAAUCAAAGAACACAAUGUAGAUCCUGAUAUUACUGAUACAAAUGGAAACACGCCUCUGAUUUAUAGCGCAAUGGUUGGAAAUGACAUCGCCUGCGAUAUUCUCAUACGUCACUUCCGGCGACUUGGUCUAAAUAUAGAAGCAAUAAACGACGAGGGUUUCACGGCUCUGCUUAUGGCUGCAAAGCACGGAAAUAUUACAUGCGCACAGAUUUUGGUCGGGCAAGGCAAAGCAAGUACUCAACAUCGAGACAUAAAGUAUGGUUUAUCUGUGGAGGAGUGGCUUGCAAAGAAAGGCUUUACAUUACAAGAUAUCAAGCCUGUUCGACAGGAUGGGAGAGGUAGAUCAAGAUUCGUAAAAUUAGCUAAUAUAGCGGCAAUUUGCUCGGCUCCAAAGAAACAUGCUCAGGCAGCCCCAACGUACGGAGAGAUAGACUAUCAUUUAAAUCGCUUCCAACUCGGAAAGAUCGAAGAUGACGACGACUUGACUGACGCGACGACGGGGACCGAUAUCUCGAAUGAGUCUAUUUCAAGAUAUCUCAACAGAUAUAAUGACCGAUAUAAUGACAUUGAUCUUGACUUUGCCCAAAAACAUUAUAAAAUUUACCCAUAUCGUGAAAACAGUCGACCGAAACUAAAGACAUCUUCAACUCAGACUCAAACCGACGAAGCAGACGAUACUGAAGGGGACAAACAUGAUGUUAUUGAAAAUGACGACGCAGACGAAAAAGCAACUCUAAUUACUGUAGCAGACACUGCAAACUGUGACGCAGAAACCGAAAUAACUAUAUUACAACACGAUCCAAGAAUUCAUCUUGAACAGAGACUUAAAAAUAAAUUUACAAACAAGUCUAAAUCGUCUGAGGGAAAAUCUAAAACAAGGUCGAUGGAGAAAAUACAGGAGAAAGGGAACAAAGAAUCAAAGCGUCUAUCCCUUCCUGAAAUUGAACAUACGCCUAUGGUGUCCCGUUGUGACAGUGGGAAUGGCGAAAGGAAACAGUCACUAGAUGUCCUUCCGGAAAAACUAAUAGCGAGCAUCGAACUGGGCGAUGGCAGACGACAAAGCAUUCAGCUUCAUGCAGACAGUAUCCGAAACAAAGUUUACUGGUCCCCUGUUGGCGAUGAAAGGUCAGAUGACGGUUCUGAAAAGAAUCUGAUGCCAUUAAAGUUUGAACGCAAUCGGGGUUCUGUUUCGGACAGUGAAACUUCUAUGAACGAAGACGGUCCCAUUUUUCAAUAGUAAUAUUGAACCUCACUGGGACUGAUGUAAAAAUAAACAAAGUGUUGCAAGCAAAGUGCCAAUGAAAAGUCUGGAAUGUUUUGGUAUAUCCAGAUGUUGAUUGAAUUAUGUGUUAAAACAACUUGAAAACUUCUAACUGCCUAGUAAAGUAAGUUUAUUAUGUGGAUUUAACGUUUUUAUAAAUAGUAUAUCAACCUUCAUAGUGUAAAUUUGGACUUGAAGACAGGACCUCGAAUUUCUUAAUUAAAUUGGCAUAUAUGUGACAUAAACUUUACUGUACAAAGACAUUCAGUUUCAAAAUAGGAAUUGAACAGCUGCGAUAUGUUUAAAGGAACUUGAAUCGCUUAUGUGUACUUAAGCAUGAAACCCCCCCUGUAAAAGUAUCAGUACACUCAGAGAAUUCAGCGGAAUUUAUAAUGUAUCGUUUAUAUAUACUUGAACGCGUUCAUUUUCAGUUUCUGUAUGUUUGAACAUUUUUGUCAAGCUCAAUAAUUCCCUACAACGAGUAACAUAUCAACAAAAUAUUAACAAAGCCUUUCUUAGAUUAUCACACAAGAAAAAGUAUAGCAUUAAAAAAUGUAAUAUACUUCGUAUUUAAUUUUUGGGCAUAUGUUUAAAUGCACUGUCUGGAGUAUGUGUUACGGUUUAUACUUAAUGAAUUGCUUGCUCGUUAAUAGUCAAAGUUAUUGCCUGAGAUCCGACGCAUAAAGGGAAAAUAGCUUUGAAAAUUACUGGUAAUUAUUUAAUAAAUGAUGUAUUUCAUGACAUCAGAAGGAGAUUUUCAUGACAUUUUUCUUCAAAUUUUAACUUUUUUUCCGGAAAAAUUUGUUAUUGAAUGUAGACUGGUCAUAUAGCACAAAUUAUUGUAGCUAUGAUACCAUAUCCAAAUAUUAAAUAAUUUUUAUUUUUAUCACAAAAUUAAAAAUAUUUGACAUAUAAUUUCAUUUAAACUAUAUUCAUUUAAUGGGUACAUUUAAAUAUAGAUCAUUCGAUUACUGAACUCCAUAUUACAUACAUCUCUGGUCUAUAUCUAUAGGAUAUGUUUGGAAUGUCCAAAGAGCUUCAGAGCAUAAAAUCUGUUGUACUUUGUUAGAGUUCGUUUCCGGCUUGCUUGAACAAUGCACACUAUUGGAGAAUGUAAGUCAGUUUCAUGUGCGGGGAAGAAAGUACGGACAUCGACAGUAAUUUGCCGUGUUAUAUAGCUCAAUUUCGCUUUCGUGUUAGUUAUGUAGUGGAAGAAAUAAGUUAAAUAAGAAUUGUGUAUAUUUUCGAUCGAAAGUCGAUUACGGUACAUAACAAGUUCAGUGGUAUGGUCAAUCAGUAACAUACAAAUUAAAAAGGACAGCGAUCUAAACAACACCUACGUUCCAGGAACGCAUCUCUAUCACGACGAUACUCUUCGGCAGUGCAUGCAUGGAUUAGUAAAUGACAAACUGUCAAACAGUGUAAGCAUGGCUGAGUAAAUGACUGGUACACUACAGCAGUACAUAAAUAGAUGAGUAAAUGACUAAAAUUAUACAACAGUUAUCCAACAGUUAUACAACGGUUAUACAACACAGCAUUCAUAGAUGAGUAAAUGACAGGUACACUACAGCAGUACAUGAAUGGAUGAGUAAAUGAUUGAAAUUAUACAGCAGUUACACAGCAGUGCCUGGAUGGAUGAGUAAAUAUCUGAAACUCUAGAGCAAUACAAUAACUGUAACUCUGUGAGUAAAAUACUGUCUCAUGGAUGAAUACAUGAUUAAAACGCCUCAGUAGUGCAAAUGAAGAAAAUCUACGGAUGAGUACAUGACUGAAAUUCAAAAUUAGUACAAGCAUGGUUGAGUAUAUGCAUUAAACAUACACAUAUUACAUGGACAAGGCAGAACAGUUGUGCGCAAAGCCUAAAACACAGGAAUGGUCAUGUAAAUACAAAUGAAAAAAAAACCUAACGAACCAUAUGCGUCUAUGCUCGUGUACUCAAUGUCUUUGCAUUGGGCACAGCAACAUGAAGGGCCUGAUGAACGAGGCCAAAACACAGAAAGCUCGCAAGAAAUUAUUUGAAAAUGCUCGAUCAUAUAACUUUUGAUGAAGUCCCCUAAAUUAUUUAUUGUAAGUGUGGCCUUUAUACAAACUUAUGAUUUUUGCAAGGUAUCCAUGUUAUUGCAAAACCAGUGUUUCAAAAUAUGCUUAAUAUUGUAAAUAGAGUAUUUUUUGGUUAUCUCGUUUUUGUUAUUGUUGCACAAGAGCACAUACCAAAUAUGAUAAAGAAUUGAGUAGUUUGUUCGACAGAUUUAAUGUUUCCAUAGAUACACAUUUUUGGUAAAGGGGAAUAUGCAACAUUUUACAAUAUUUCCAUUUAGACAGAACUUGAUGAAAUAUUAAAACUUCAAAGAAAUUUUAAACACAAUGAUACAUCCAUUUGAAUUGUAUCUGUUUAGUAAAAUGAAAUUUGGUAUUUUCUUCUAUAAGCAGUACCAUAUUUACGAUUUUUAAGGCAACAUGUUUUUUAAGAAACGUUGAUGUUGAUUUUAAGGAAUACACAUUUAAAAUUUAACAAUGGUUUGUCAUACAAAACGACCUUUAAAAUACCAUUGACUUAGGUGUUAUUCAUGGCGUUCACUAUAUAUGGUAAUGCCCUUAUAAAGAAAGAGCGAUGACGUCACUUUUUCAAAAAUGGCUGUCGCUUCAUUACAUGGAAAGUAUUUGAAUGCUUAUAUCUUCUUUUUUAUCGUAUUUCAAUUUUCAUUUUUCUAAUGCGUUACCAAAACUUAAUGUUUUAAAUGUUGCAUGUUCCUUUAAAUUUUGAACUUACGUUUAUAUAAUUUACUGGGUUUACAAAUCAAUGUUUCAUUGAAUUAACGCUUUUCUUGUAUCAGUUGAAGUAACACAUCUCGUUUAUCUUUAAGAUAUCAUAAAAGCGGUGCUGACACUGCAGUUCUAAGUUGUUUGUCUUGUUAACGGAUGUUACAUUGAUGAAAAAAGUUGUAUUUUCAUUUUUGUACAUUUAAUUUUAUGUUUAUAUAGUGCUACAAAACUAUGUUAUUACGAUCCAGACUUGUUAUCUACAUAAAAUGUGUUCCUUUAAAUUAUGUUUGAUAUAUAUUUGAUCUAUUUCAGUUAUUGUGCAUUUGUAUUACGUCAUAAGGAUUCCAGACAAACUAAGUGUACUGGAAUUGAUAGUUUUAUUGCUCUUGAUAUUAGCCAUCAUGUAAUGGGAGAGCCAUAUUGAUUUAUUGUCUGUAUGUCACAAAAUUAGUCUACGCGACUCCUCCGACACCACUAGGAGGAUUUACACCAAACUUCAUAAGUUACAGUAGCAAAGCCAUUAGCUGUGCAAAUCGUCGACAGAUUCCAUUUUGGUGGAAUUAUGGUUGAUUCGUCAAAUUCUAUAACCUUUUUUGCCACUUUUCUUAUAUGAGCCGUGCCAUGAGAAAACCAACAUAGUGGGUUUGCGACCAGCAUGGAUCCAGACCAGCCUGCGCAUCCGCGCAAAGCCACUAUGUUGGUUUUCUCAUGGCGCGGUUCAUAUCAUAUGGAUGAUUUCAAUCAAACCUUACAUGAAUGAUCAGUGCCAAUGCUAAUUGUGUAUAUUUUCGGCAUAUUCCGGUUCAGCGAGUUUCAGUGGAGUUAUGGUCCUUGCUAUUUCGUAGUUUAACUUGUCCGCGCAAUUGCUCCGACACUACAAAGAGGAAUUCACUAGUCACCAUAAAAGUGAUCAUUGCCAAGCUUAGUUGUACAUAUCUAGGCUUAUUCUGCCGGCAUUAAUAGCUACUAUGUAAUAAUUUAUAUCAUUAUAUGAAUAAUAACAAUAUGUACACUUCUUUAAAAACAUUUUUUAUCAUUUUUAAAAUGAGAACGGAAAUUAAUAAGGUCUGGAAGAAAUGGCAGAUGUUUGUCCUUAGAAAUAGUGUGCAUCUUUUAUUUCGAUUUGAAUGCUACAAUCUACUGAUGCAAAUUUGCAAAUUUGAUGUAUUUAUUUGUGAACUAUACAAUUAAUAUGGAUUUAAUUAAAACUCUGUCAUAUGUGGUGUGCAUAUAUGAAGAAAUGUUAUCUUAAUUAAUUGGCCCUUAUUAAGGCAGCUUGACUGCUGUUAAAAACAGAGAAGCAGUCAACUAACUUAGUUCCCUAAAUGUUGUCGUUAACCUUUUUGUUAUCGAUGUAAAACAUGUUAAAACUAUUCAAACUUCAAACGCUAAUUCUUGAAAUACAAUAACUCCCCCCCCCCCCCCCCCUCUUUUUGUCAUUAAGUAUAUCCUGCGAAAAGAGACUUUGUAAAAACAACCCGUUCUCAACAUCUCAUGUUCUCUUCUUUCAUCUACGUGUAAUUUGUAUUCAUGGUGCUUGUUUAUACAGUUAUGCUCACAUUGAAAUAAAGUAUAUGUGGUCUUUAUUUAGUCUGACAAGUUUCUAAUCUAAAAUAGAACCAUGAGAGUAUGUGAUGAUUGAGAUGUAAUACAUACAUACAAAUACCAACAAAUAAUAACCUGACUAAAUAGAUAAUACUACUGUAAUAUUUUACUGUGUGAAUUUAGCAAAAGUACUUUUAAAAAAUGCUAAUUUUAUACAUUUCUACAGAACAUUAUUUUAUUAGUACCACGUAUGAUUUAUAAUGUUAUAGCAUAUUUUUAGAUUUAAUAUAUUGACCGUAAGUCUAUUUGCAAAUCUGUCCGGAAACAACAAUAUUUUGUACAUUUAUUUUGUUCUUUAUUCCUUCUAAACAUUCAUCACUGUAUAUUCGUCAGUAAAAUUUCUUUAAUGAAAAUAUUAUCUUCUGAAACGUUGUAAAAUAAAAUACUAUUUGUGAAUGUAUAACGUUUGACAUCCUAUAAAACUGUCACUUUGAUAGUGUUUUGAUUAUAAUUGUUUCAAAGGAUGUCGUCUGCUUUUAUUGUUGUAUCUCACUGAAGUGGACUUUUGGUGCAAUACCUUUUGUGCAAUACUCCCCACACAAUGUUGAUAUUUGAUCACACUACCUUGUAAUUGUUUUGUUUCGUUAUUAAAAUUUUGUAUAGUUUAUUGUGUAGUUAUUUUUUCUGUCGGGUCGAAACAAACCGAUAAGAAAAUUCUGAAAGAUUUUUCUCACUAAGUACUGAGAGAAUGAUAUUUACUUAGUAUAUUACAUUUGAUUACAUACUUGACUUUAUUCUCCGU